AUGUCUUUAGCCAAAACACGCCUACGAAAUGUUAAGAACAAGGAUAUUACUGACGAGAUUACCACACAAAAUGACAUAAGAAAAUCAAACAUGGGAAGUAAACCAGAUCUUAUCGACCGUUUGAGGAAAAUAAGUACUGGUUCAGAUUUAUCUUUACGUGAAUCAUGUGAGCGAAUGGACACUGGGAAUUCAGAUGAUCUGCAAACCAUGCUUCAAGAAUGCGAAAAUUCAACUUCCGAACCUUCGUGUGAAAGUGAUAAUGAUGAAAAUGUAAAAAUAAGUUCAAAUUCAACAAGAAACAGUGCCAAACGAUUGAAAACAAAAGGUGAUACAAAUGAAUUGAAAGUUCUUUUAAAAGAGAUUAAAUAUCUCGGGAAUGAUAUAAAAAAUAUGGAGGAAAAAGUUGAGACAACGAAUAUCAAAACCACAAUCAGAGAUACUUGGCUAGACAGAAAAUUUGAGAAAUUAUGUGAUCAACACGAAUACGAUACUUUGUGGUCAAUUGGUCAGGAAUUGGAUUUAGCGCUAAAUACAACUUCUGGAACCGAAGCUUUACAAUAUGUUGAAAAUGCACGCACAAUGUCGAAAGAAAGAAUGGUUGUUUUAAAUGUUGCAAGUAAAUAUGGUUGGGACAUAGCUGCUGAAUUACCACAAUCUAAAAACAAAAUUAUAUUUGAAUAUUCAGAAGCGAUUGAAAAAGCAAAACAAGCAGCAUCACUUAAAAAGAGUAGUAAACAGAAGUAUUUAGAAGAGAAACAGUUUUUUCGGAAUGGAAAUAAUGAGAAACAACAGAAGUGCUAUUAG